AUGGCAGUUGGCGCCGGCAGCAGAGGCGGCGAACCAAGCCCCCUGGACUCUGGAUUCUUCUCAAGGUUUCAGCAUCUUCCUCCUUUUGAAAAUUGCUUUCGAUCUCAUGAGAAAAGUGAUCCGGUGUUGUCAACCCUCCAGUUCUCCGUCGUAGGAUUUGUAUCGGGCUGCGUCUGGGGCGCCAUCUCCUUCGAAUUUCUCCUCAACUCGCCGCUUCUCACCAGACAGAGCGGGGCGUUGAGAGACCUCGCUGAGCGACAGAAGCUGCUUGUGGAACAGAGAUCCAACUUGACUCUCAUUCGAGAUCACGUCUCUGUGCUUCGACGCCUCCGGAAAAUCAUUCCGUCUUGUGCUGAGGAAAGUCGAGUCGUCCGGACGACCCAGACAAACGUUUCAGAGCCGUCACAAUCUCUACGCAGCAAACGACCGGUGACCGACCAUAUCGUCUCCACUUCUCGUCCGUCGUCUUCGACUUCCAUUCCCUUCGCUUCCUUUCCUUCGCAUUCGUCUUCUCCCUCUCCCUCCUCAUCUCCCUCCUGUUCUGCGUCUCCUUCUCCCGCGUUGUCUUCCUCUUCUCUGUCUCAUCUUCCUUCUUCUCUUCGUGUUAGGGGGUCAGGGGAGGCGUCGCGGAACUCUCCUUUUUGCCCGAGUUCUUCUCCAUUAUCUUCUUCUUGCAUCGGGUGCGGGGAACUGCGGCAGCAGGCCGAACAGUUGAAAGAACAGUUGCGGCAUCUGUGGGAUCGCGAUGAAUUCUUAAGCAAGCAACAGAAACGGAGCUUCUUUCUCCCUGAGUCGCUGAGAGGCUCUCCAGCCCGCGAAACGCGGGUGUCCAGUGCGACACCUGAGUCCUCACUCGCUCGUUUUCUGCACUCCAAAACCGAAGAAUUUGCUUCCAUACUUCGUUCGUUCUUCUCUUCCUCACUUGCUCCCUCUUCGGCGUCUUCUUCCUCUUCUGCAUCUUCUUCCUCUUCUGCAUCUUCUUCUCCUUGUUCGUCUGCCCCGCUUUUGAACAGCGACUUGCGAGAAAGAGCAGGAGGACCUGAGCGAGGGGUAUUUUCGAGAGUCAACCGACGUCGCCUUCAGAUCGGUCUCGCCUAUCGCUUGAAGCUGCCUGGUCGAGUUGGCUUGCGUGUGGGCGUUGCAUGCAUGGGUUUUUACACUCUUGAAAGCGCCCUCUACUGUUUGCUCGAACGAGAAGGAGGCGCCACGCCGUUCACACGCCUUACAGACUGGUGGAUCUCUUCUCUCUAUCUGUACGGCAUCUCUGGACACACGCUCGAUUGUCGUCUCCCUCCCUCUCCAGUCUCUCGGGUGUCUGUACGCCACGGGAAAGUAGGCGUUCUCGCUUUUGAUCUGAGAGAGCGUGUUCGUCGCGUUUCAGCAAUUUGUCGCUUUGGUGCGGCCAACAAUUCAACUUUCUUCGUCUUCUUCUUUUACCGUGCAUGCUUCGAUAUCCUGAGCUAUGCCUGGCAGCUGCAGUCCCGGGGCUGA